AUGACCCCGUCACGACAAUAUACGGAUACGGGUAUUGGCCUUCUGAGGAAGGAUGUGGCCCUGGAGCAGCGUGUUGCGGAGGCCGGGUUUGCGAGCCUGUCGACGCCUGCUGCGGCUCAAACUCCAGCUUCUGCUACCGCUACAACCACAUCGCUGCCUCAUUCAACCACCGAUCUUCUGGCGGGCGUCACUACCCGCCCCGUUUCAGAUACCUCCACAACCCCAGUGGCACCACUUCCAUCGCAAACAGCCACAUCAUCAACCUUCUCAAGUACAACAACGAGAACAGUAGUAAUCGUUGGGGCGGUUGUUGCUCUGGUCGGUGGUCUAGUGUUCCUGUGGUUUCUAUUCAUGGCCUGGAAAAUCCACCAGGCGCACAAGUACCCGAAGCAACAAUAUACGCCCCUUUCGUAUCAGGGCUCGACCGCCUCGCCCCAAUCAGGGGCUCCUGUCAACAAGAGCGGGCUGAGUAAGUGGGCAAAGAUUGCUACGGUCAUCAGUCCAAUAUUUGCUAUCGUUGGGUUGGCUGUGGCAAUAUACUUUGGACUCAAGCAGCAGAAAUGA